GGCUUCAGUUUCAUAGCAUCCUCAACUCAAAGAAGUGACGGCCGACGGGCAAUUAUAUAAUUGAGUGGAUUUUAGUUUAAAAUUACUUAUCUACUUGCUUAAUUUGGGGAGUUUGCCGGUGAGUGUGGAGAGAUAAGCUCAAGCAUGGCUUUCAGCAAGGCUCCUGUAAAACGGUUUAACGAGGAAACAGGAUGUGCUCCACCCUCCACAAAAUACAAUGUAAAUCGGGAGCCGAGUGUCAAAGGGGCCAUGGCGUUUGAACUCUACAGUGGCAGGGAUGCUGGAAAUAUGGAAACUGGCAGUUGCGAAUUUCUAGUUCCAGUUACACCAGGAAGAAGCCGAAAGGUAGUUAAAAGUAAGCCAAGUUCGAGAUCAAAUUCAGCUGCCGGAAGCAGGUCACGGUCGAGUUCAGUUUCUAGUUUGAGACAAGAAGAAAGGUGGAAUGGCGAGCGAUCGUCCAAGCCGAACUUGCUUGAAGAGAAUGAAGCACUCAAGAUGGAAAAAUUUGCACUUGAAGAAAACUACGCUAAUGCGCUGGCGGCGAAGGAUGAAGAAAUAAUAGCUAAAAAUGCAGAAAUUAUUAGGUACAACGAAGAAAUCAUGGUGAAAGAUGCAGAAAUUUUGAAGAAAACUGAAGAAAUAAGGGCGAAGGAUGCAGAAAUAAUGGCGAAAAAUGCAGAAAUUAUUAAGAAAAAUGAAGAAAUAAUGACGAAAGAUGAAGAAAUAACCACAAAAAAUUCAGAAAUAAUUACAAUAAAAGAAGAAAUUAUGGUUAAAGAUGCGGAAAUUUCAGCAAAAUGUACAAGUUUGAAGGAAGUACAACUGCAGUAUAAUAACGAGCGGUCAUCCAUCUCGCACUUGCUUGAAGAAAUUGAAACACUCAAGACUGAAAAACUUGAGCUUACUCAAAGAUACGCCUACCAGGUCGCGGCGAAGGAUGAAGAAAUUAUUGGGAAAAAGGAAGAAAUCAUGAUCAAAGAUGCAGAAAUUUUGGCGAAAGAUAUCAGCUUGAAAGAAGUUCAACUACAGUAUAACAAGGAGCGGUCAUCCAACUCGCACUUGCUUGAAGAAAUUGAAACACUCAAGAUUGAAAAACUUGAACUUAAUGAAAAAUAUGCCUACGAGGUCGCGGCUAAGUAUGAAGAAAUAAUAAUGAAAAAUGCAGAAAUUACGACGACAAACGAAGAAAUCAUGGCAAAAGAUGCCGAAAUUGUUGUGAAGAACGAAGAAAUUUUAGCGACAGGUGCCAGCUUGAAGGAACUUCAACUGCAAUAUAAUAAUGAGCGGUCAUCCAACUCUCUCUUGCUUGAAGAGCACGAAGCACUCAAGAUUGAAAAACUUGAACUUGCUCAAGACCACGCCAAGCUGAUCGCCGAGAAAAGUAAUAACUUGCUGGUCAUCCAAACCUUACAAUUAGAAAUUGAUCAGUUGGAGAUCGACCAAACAAAGGAAGUUAUUUCGAAAAACGAAGAAAUAAUGGCGAAAGAUGCAGAACUAAUUGCUAAAAAUAAAGAAAUCAUGGCGAAAGAUGCAGCAAUAAAGGUAAAAGAUGAAGAAAUCUCGACAAAGGAUGCAGAAAUUAUGGUUAAAAAUGAAGAAAUCCUGGUUAAAGAUGCAGAAAUUUCGGCGAAAGAUGAAAAAAUUAUGACGAAGGACGCAGAAAUUCUUGCCAAAAAUGAAGAAAUCGUGGUUAAAGAAGCAGAAAUUAUUGCCAAAAAUGAAGAAAUCCUGGUUAAAGAUGCAGAAAUUUCGGCGAAAGAUGAAAAAAUUACGACGAAGGAUGCAGAAAUUCUUGCCAAAAAUGAAGAAAUCAUGAUUAAAGAUGCAGAAAUUUUGGCGAAAGAUGAAAUAAUUGCUACGAAGGAUGCAGAAAUUCUUGCAAAAAAUGAAGAAAUCGUGGUCAAAGAAGCAGAAAUUAUUGCCAGAAAUGAAGAAAUCCUGGUUAAAGAUGCAGAAAUUUCGGCGAAAGAUGAAAUAAUUGCAACAAAGGAUGCAGAAAUUCUUGCCAAGAAUGAAGAAAUCGUGGUUAAAGAUGCAGAAAUUAUUGCCAAAAAUGAAGAAAUUCUGGUUAAAGAUGCAGAAAUUUCGGCGAAAGAUGAAAAAAUUACGACGAAGGAUGCAGAAAUUCUCCCCAAAAAUGAAGAAAUCAUGAUUAAAGAUGCAGAAAUUUUGGCGAAAGAUGAAAUAAUUGCAACGAAGGAUGCAAAAAUUCUUGCAAAAAAUGAAGAAAUCGUGGUUAAAGAAGCAGAAAUUAUUGCCAGAAAUGAAGAAAUCCUGGUUAAAGAUGCAGAAAUUUCGGCGAAAGAUGAAAUAAUUGCAACGAAGGAUGCAGAAAUUCUUGCCAAGAAUGAAGAAAUCGUGGUUAAAGAUGCAGAAAUUUCGGCGAAAGAUGACAAAAUUACGACGAAGGACGCAGAAAUUCUUGCCAAAAAUGAAGAAAUAAUGGUUAAAGAUGCAGAAAUUUCGGUGAAAGAUGAAAAAAUUGCGACGAAGGAUGCAGAAAUUACUGCCAAAAAUGAAGAAAUCAUGGUUAAAGAUGCAGAAAUUUUGGAGAAAGAUGAAAAAAUUGCGACGAAGGAUGCAGAAAUUUUUGCCAAAAAUGAAGAAAUCAUGGUUAAAGAAUCAGAACUUUUGGCGAAAGAUGAAAAAAUUGCGAAGAAGGAUGCAGAAAUUCUUGCCAAAAAUGAAGAAAUCCUGGUUAAAGAUGCAGAAAUUUCGGUGAAAGAUGAAAAAAUUGCGACGAAGGAUGCAGAAAUUACUGCCAAAAAUGAAGAAAUCAUGGUUAAAGAAUCAGAACUUUUGGCGAAAGAUGAAAAAAUUGCGAAGAAGGAUGCAGAAAUUCUUGCCAAAAAUGAAGAAAUCAUGGUGAAAGAUGAAAAAAUUGCGACGAAGGAUGCAGAAAUUCUUGCCAAAAAUGAAGAAAUCAUGGUGAAAGAUGAAAAAAUUGCGAAGAAGGAUGCAGAAAUUCUUGCCAAAAAUGAAGAAAUCAUGGUGAAAGAUGAAAAAAUUGCGAAGAAGGAUGCAGAAAUUCUUGCCAAAAAUGAAGAAAUCAUGGUGAAAGAUGAAAAAAUUGCGACGAAGGAUGCAGAAAUUCUUGCCAAAAAUGAAGAAAUCAUGGUUAAAGAAUCAGAACUUUUAGCGAAAGAUGAAAAAAUUGCGAUGAACGAUGCAGAAAUUAUUGCCAAAAAUGAAGAAAUCAUGGUGAAAGAUGAAAAAAUUGCGACGAAGGAUGCAGAAAUUCUUGCCAAAAAUGAAGAAAUCAUGGUUAAAGAAUCAGAACUUUUAGCGAAAGAUGAAAAAAUUGCGAUGAACGAUGCAGAAAUUAUUGCCAAAAAUGAAGAAAUCAUGGUUAAAGAUGAAAAAAUUGCGACGAAGGAUGCAGAAAUUAUUGCCAAAAAUGAAGAAAUCAUGCUUAAAGAUGCAGAAAUUUUGGAGAAAGAUGAAAAAAUUGCAACGAAGGAUGCAGAAAUUACUGCCAAAAAUGAAGAAAUCAUGGUUAAAGAAUCAGAACUUUUGGCGAAAGAUGAAAAAAUUACGACGAAGGAUGCAGAAAUUACUGCCAAAAAUGAAGAAAUUAUGUUUAAAAAUGCAGAAAUUUUGGCGAAAGAUAUCAGCUUGAAGGAAGUUCAACAGCAAUAUAAUAAUGAGCGGUCAUUCAACUCUCACUUGGUUGUAGAAAUUGAAACACUCAAGACUGAAAAACUUGAGCUUACUGAAAGCUACGCCAACGUGGUGGGGGCGAAGGAUGAAGAAAUCAUGGCGCAAGAUGCCAGGUUAAAGGAAGUUCAACAAAGGUGGAAGAACGAGCGAUCGUCGUACUCUCGAUUGCUCGAAGAAAAUGAAGCACUUAAGGUUGAGAAUGUUAAACUCGCUGAAGAUUACGCCAAUUUGAUGGGUCAUGCCAAUCAUAGGCAAAAAAUUCACCACAUUGUAAACUUGAAGAACGAGAAUCAGGCGUAUAAACAGGAGAAUGAUGAAUUGCGCUCGAAGCUCACCAAGCUGAUAUCUGAAAACACCUCGCUGCAAAAGACCCUAACUCGAUCGGGAGGCGUCACCUCGCGCUUUGAUAAAUCCCAAGCUUUCAAACAUCACAGUAACGAACCUUACAUUCCAGCCACCGGGGAUGCUCGUGGUGCAAACUCGAGAGAAACAUUUGUGGUAAUAAAAGCGCCCCCCGCUUCCGCAGGAGUUGCUCUUCGAACAAAUAAUGAAAGACACACUUCCCGUGGCUAUUCUUUCGAUAUUGAUUUGGAAGAGAAAGAAAAUACGUCUCAGUAAAAAUACUACUAUAAAUAUAAAAGCUAUUUUGUUAAUUCGCAAGAAGAGAUCGCCACCCACCAACCUUAAUUUAUAUUUUUGAAAUAAGUCACCCUUUUCUGUAAAAUUAGUCAUAUAUUUAUUCUACACUUUUAUUCCUUAAUUCAUUAAUUAAUACGUGUACGAACUUGAAUAUUUUACUUACGUGUUUAAAUUUAAAUUUUAGCCGAACGUACAUGUUUUAAACCUAUUUUAUUUUACACUUUAAUUACAUUUUGUAAAGAUUCGAAAUAUGAAGAAAUCCUAAUUUUUUACGAGGUACAAUAUAUUGACAAAGUGUAAAUUAUAAAA